ACAAGACAAGAGACAAGACGGACAAGACAAACAAAACAACAAGCAACCCAAGCAACUAUAAGUUGCAAUCAAGAAAAGAUGAGCAGUUCCUCCGACAACUUGGACAACUUAUGCUUUUUGUGUGGCGCAGUGCAGGGAAAAUAUGUAUGUCCGCGUUGCAACGUUUAUUACUGUAGUUUAGAUUGCUACAGAAGCGCAAAACAUGCAAAUUGCUCAGAGCAGUUUUACAAAGAAUGCAUCCAAGAAGAAAUGGCAGUGGAUGCCCCGAAUCCAGAUGACGCCAAGUCAGUGCAAAAAAUUUUGACGCGCCUUCAAGAAGCAGAUAAGCUUGGAGUUGAUGGUGGCUUCCUCGAGGAUGGAGAAGAUGAUGGCGAGGAAAGCGAGGGAGAUUCGGAUGACUUGGCCUCAGAAUCAGAAGAUCUUGCGGCAAGAUUGGCAGGAAUUGAUUUGAAUAAUCCAGAGCUUGUGUGGCAAAAGCUUUCGGCAGAAGAAAAAGCUGAGUUUCAGAGCAUCAUUGCGUCAGGUGAUGCUAGCCAAAUUGUGCCAGCGUGGGAGCCAUGGUGGAUGCACAGGCAACCGUUAGUGCAGGAAGUCACUGACUCUGACGAUUACAAGAAGAAGUGUCCACAAAUUAGUACAAAAAUCCCUCUCCUUAAAGAUAUUGCAAAAGUUAACCCAGGAGUAAAAUAUGGAAUCUCAAACGCCGUGAUGGCGUAUGUGAUUGUUGCAAGGCAUUUCCAAGGCGACCAUUUGGAGCCUGACCUGGUUUCCGAAGCUGCUGACUGUUUGAUGGAUUUGAGUUUGAGUUUAGGAAAAGGGGAAAAUUUCGCUGAUGGUGAAAGUGCAGUCACUUCAGUGAAAAUGCAAGCAACAGAGAUUCUGGAGUCAGCUCAAGAUGACCUUGAUUUGGCUUUGGAUGACUUCAGCAAAAUAAUGGAAGGACCAAGCACAGACGAGGUCUCAUACUACUUGCUAUGCGCGUUGUCUGACUGUAUUAAUGUCCUUUCAAAAGCAACCAAAAAAGGAAACGGCAAAUCGAGUAAUGGGGAGUUCAGCAAGCGUUUCCUGGCCUCGGGAAGAGAGUCAAAAUGGACCAAGAAACAGCUGAUGGUCACUAUCAAGAAAUUAGAGUUUUACACUGCUUGGGUGAAAAGCUGUUGCUGAGUUUAUGACUUAUCGUGGGAUGGAGGAAGCAAUAAAAUGCGAGAAUUCGUUGCUUAUCUUUA